UUGCGCCGUGGCGCGGUCAUGCAUUUGACAUUCUGCCCCUGAAGCGCCAGGGACAGGCGCCGGACGCGCCGGCUGCCGAUUCGGUGAUCCCCGGGAACUGGGACUUGGGGGCUCGCGUGAGCAUCACUCGUGGGAGAGGAGGAGGCUUCGUUUGCUUUCUGUUUGGAAUGUGCGGUGAGCAUCCUCUGCCGGAGCUUGGGGCCUGGAGCAAACCCGGGCUGCAGAUUUAGACGUAGACGUUUGGGAGGACGUGCAGCUGCAGAGGUCUGGCUUCUCAUGCCUGGUCUUCUCCGUUAGCGGUGCUCAGCUGCCUUUCGUUUCUUAUGAUUAAUUUUAGGAACACCGUCACAGGCAGUUAUUUCUUUGAGAGUCGGAAGUCUUUGGAGUCAGCACAGAGAGCUCACGAGGAGAGUUAUAAGGGUUCGGUCAAUAGUAAACUUGGAAAAAGGACAGCGUCGGUGAUAUUAUGGAGAGAGGUGGACAAGAGGCAAACUUCACCGCGGCCUUUUAGCCUUUGUGGAUAUGAUUUCUGCUUUGCUCUGCUAGAGUCAUGCAAACUCGGAGUUCUUCUUUGUAGGAAAACAACCUCAGAGAGGCAGGCAGGAUGGCUAGCUCGGCCCGGGAGCAUUUGCUUUUUGUGCGGCGUCGGAAUCCACAGAUGCGGUACACCCUGAGCCCAGAGAACCUGCAGAGCCUCACAGCCCAGAACUCCAUGCCCGAGAACAUGGCCCUGCAGCGGGCCAACAGUGACACGGACCUGGUGACUUCUGAGAGCCGCUCCAGCCUGACGGCCAGCAUGUACGAAUACACACUGGGGCAAGCCCAGAACCUCAUUAUCUUCUGGGAUAUUAAGGAAGAGGUUGACCCCAGUGAUUGGAUCGGACUCUAUCACAUAGAUGAGAAUUCUCCAGCCAACUUCUGGGAUUCUAAAAACAGGGGUGUGACUGGAACCCAAAAAGGACAAAUUGUAUGGCGAAUUGAGCCCGGGCCCUACUUCAUGGAACCGGAGAUCAAAAUCUGUUUCAAAUACUACCAUGGCAUUAGUGGGGCCCUGCGAGCCACAACCCCCUGUAUUACUGUGAAGAACCCAGCUGUGACGAUGGGGGCGGAAGGCAUGGAAGGAGGUGCUUCAGGAAGCCUGCACUCUAGGAAACUUGUCAGCUUCACGUUGACAGAUCUCAGGGCAGUUGGGCUCAAGAAAGGGAUGUUCUUCAAUCCUGACCCUUAUCUUAAGAUGUCCAUUCAGCCAGGGAAGAAGAGCAGUUUCCCUACGUGUGCCCACCACGGGCAGGAGAGAAGAUCCACUAUCAUCAGUAAUACCACGAAUCCAAUCUGGCACAGAGAGAAAUACUCCUUCUUUGCCCUUUUGACUGAUGUCUUAGAAAUUGAAAUCAAAGACAAAUUUGCCAAGAGCCGGCCCAUCAUCAAACGCUUCCUGGGAAAACUAACCAUUCCAGUGCAGAGGCUGCUGGAGCGGCAGGCUGGUGACCAAAUGCUCAGCUACAACCUUGGCAGACGGCUCCCAGCUGACCACGUGAGUGGCUACCUCCAGUUUAAAGUGGAAGUCGCAUCUUCUGCUCACGAAGAUGCAUCUCCGGAGGCUGUCGGCACCAUUCUCGGAGUUCACACUGUGAAUGGAGACCUGGGCAGCCCUUCUGAUGAGGAGGAUAUGCCAGGGAGCCAUCACGAUAGCACUAUUUGUGCUAAUGGGCCAGUGUCUGAGGACAGUGUUGCUGAUGGGACCCCCAAGCAUUCUUUCAGGACUAGCUCUACUCUGGAGAUCGACACAGAGGACCUAAUCUCUACUUCUUCAAGAAAUUCACCCCCCAGGGGCCGCCAGGAUUCACUCAAUGAUUACUUAGAUGCUAUUGAACACAAUGGCCCCUCCAGGCCAGGGGUCGCAGCCUCCUCUGAGCGGUCCAUGGGAGCCUCUCCCAAACUGAGGAGUAGUUUUCCCACUGACACAAGACUCAACGCGAUGCUUCACAUAGACUCAGAUGAAGAAGACCAUGAGUUUCAGCAAGACCUAGGCUACCCAUCUUCUUUGGAGGAAGAAGGGGGCUUGAUCAUGUGCAGCAGGGUGUCGAGAAUUGAUGAUGGGAGCCUAACAUCUCAGACCAAACCAGAGGAUGACAACCCCGUCGAGAAUGAGGAUGCCUCCGUACAUGAAACUGCUUCCUUAGAAGAGAGGCCGGAGAAUCUUCCAGAGGUUGCAGAUGGCUCCUUGCCAUCAAGUAUAGCCCCUGAUGAAAAUGAAGCCAGCCUGGAGCCUCAACCCAGCGCAGACCAGGGUAGCACUGAAUUGUGUAGCUCUCAAGAAGUAGAUCAGCCCACAAGUGGCGUGGACGCGGGAGCUUCGGACACAUCUGGAGGGAGCCGCAGAGCUGCCAGUGAGACUGAGUCCCUGGACCAGGGAUCUGAACCUUCCCAGGUGUCGUCUGAGACAGAACCCAGUGACCCUGCAAGGACAGAGAGUGUGAGUGAGGCCAGUACCAGACCCGAGGGAGAGAGUGACCUGGAAGGUGCUGACAGCUCGUGCAAUGAGAGUGUGACUACACAGCUGUCCUCCGUGGAGACACGGUGCUCAUCUCUAGAGAGUGCACGGUUUCCAGAAACCCCGGCCUUUUCUUCUCAGGAAGAGGAAGAUGGGGCCUGUGCAGCUGAGCCCACCAGCAGCGGCCCCACCGAGGGGUCGCAGGAGUCCGUCUGCACUCCUAGUUCUUUACCUGCUGUGCAGGUGCCUAGCCCGGAUGAGGAAGGGCCAGGGGCUGAAGCUGCUGCUUUAUCUGAGCAGGGGGAACUGGGGGAGGUCUGGCAGAGGAGGGGGAGUCUUGAGGGAGCAGCUGCUGCUGCCCCUGCUGCUGCCCCCGAUAGCCAGCCCCAGGAAGAUGAGGAUGCUGGGGAUGCCCAAGGUGCCUGCGAAGGGGCCACUGCUCAGGAGGAGGGCGCCACUGGAGGUUCCCAAACCAAUGGCCACCAGCCCUUGAGGUCACUACCUUCAGUGCGCCAGGACGUCAGCCGGUACCAGAGAGUGGACGAGGCUCUCCCACCAAACUGGGAGGCACGGAUUGACAGCCACGGCAGGAUCUUCUACGUGGACCAUGUAAACAGAACCACAACGUGGCAGCGGCCCACUGCUCCCCCUGCCCCGCAGGUCCUGCAGAGAUCUAACUCCAUACAGCAAAUGGAGCAGCUGAACCGGCGUUAUCAGAGCAUCCGCAGAACCAUGACCAAUGAGAGGCCUGAGGAAAAUACCAGUGCUAUCGAUGGGGCAGGGGAAGAGGCCGACUUUCACCAAGCCAGCGCAGACUUCCGCCGGGAAAACGUCCUGCCCCACUCUACCUCCAGAUCCAGGCUCACGCUGCUGUUACAGUCACCUCCCGUGAAGUUCCUCAUCAGCCCAGAGUUCUUCACCGUGCUGCAUUCUAACCCUAGUGCCUACCGCAUGUUUACAAACAACACGUGUUUGAAGCACAUGAUCACCAAAGUCCGGCGGGACACCCACCACUUUGAACGCUAUCAGCAUAACAGGGACCUCGUGGGAUUCCUCAACAUGUUUGCUAACAAACAGCUGGAACUACCGAGGGGCUGGGAGAUGAAACAUGAUCAUCAAGGCAAGGCAUUUUUUGUCGACCACAACUCCAGGACCACCACAUUCAUUGAUCCUCGGCUCCCGCUUCAGAGCAGUAGGCCUACAAGUGCGUUGGUUCAUCGACAGCACCUGACGAGGCAGCGCAGCCACAGCGCGGGUGAGGUAGGAGAGGACUCUCGGCACGCAGGACCACCAGUUCUUCCCAGGCCAUCCAGUACAUUCAAUACGGUCAGUAGGCCACAGUACCAGGACAUGGUUCCAGUGGCCUACAAUGACAAAAUUGUUGCGUUUUUGCGUCAACCCAACAUCCUUGAAAUUCUGCAAGAGCGUCAACCUGAUCUUGCCAGAAACCACUCACUCAGGGAGAAGAUCCAAUUCAUCCGAACUGAAGGGACCCCUGGAUUGGUGCGGCUCUCAAGCGAUGCAGACCUUGUCAUGUUACUGAGCUUAUUUGAGGAAGAGAUAAUGUCAUAUGUGCCUCCUCAUGCCUUACUCCACCCCAGCUACUGUCAGUCCCCGCGUGGCUCCCCUGUGUCAUCUCCCCAGAACUCUCCAGGUACUCAACGUGCCAAUGCCCGGGCUCCAGCCCCUUACAAGAGAGAUUUUGAAGCCAAACUAAGGAAUUUUUACAGGAAGUUAGAAACUAAAGGAUACGGACAAGGCCCAGGAAAAUUAAAGUUAAUUAUCCGAAGAGACCACUUGCUGGAAGACGCUUUCAAUCAGAUUAUGGGCUACUCCAGAAAGGACCUGCAGAGGAAUAAACUGUACGUCACCUUUGUCGGGGAGGAAGGGUUGGAUUACAGUGGGCCUUCCAGAGAGUUUUUCUUCCUGGUGUCCCGAGAGCUCUUUAACCCCUAUUACGGCUUAUUUGAAUAUUCAGCCAAUGACACAUAUACAGUACAAAUAAGUCCCAUGUCUGCCUUUGUAGACAAUCAUCAUGAAUGGUUCCGAUUCAGUGGGAGGAUCCUCGGUCUUGCACUAAUACACCAGUACUUGUUGGACGCCUUCUUCACGCGACCCUUCUAUAAGGCUCUUCUCAGAAUUCUGUGUGACCUGAGUGAUCUGGAAUACCUUGAUGAGGAGUUCCACCAGAGCCUUCAGUGGAUGAAAGACAAUGACAUCCAUGACAUCCUAGAUCUCACGUUCACUGUGAAUGAAGAAGUUUUUGGGCAGAUUACUGAACGAGAGCUAAAACCAGGGGGAGCCAAUAUUCCAGUCACAGAGAAGAACAAGAAGGAGUACAUUGAGAGAAUGGUGAAGUGGAGGAUCGAGAGGGGCGUGGUGCAGCAGACAGAGAGCUUAGUUCGCGGUUUCUAUGAGGUAGUAGAUGCCAGGCUAGUAUCUGUCUUUGAUGCAAGAGAACUGGAACUGGUCAUUGCUGGCACGGCUGAGAUAGAUCUCAAUGACUGGAGAAACAACACUGAAUAUAGAGGCGGGUACCAUGACAAUCACAUUGUAAUUCGGUGGUUCUGGGCUGCAGUAGAACGAUUCAACAAUGAACAGCGACUAAGGUUGUUACAGUUUGUUACAGGCACGUCUAGCAUUCCCUAUGAAGGAUUUGCUUCUCUCCGAGGGAGUAAUGGUCCAAGAAGAUUCUGCGUGGAAAAAUGGGGAAAAAUCACCGCUCUUCCCAGAGCCCACACUUGUUUUAACCGCCUGGAUCUUCCUCCAUACCCUUCCUUUUCCAUGCUUUAUGAAAAACUCUUGACGGCUGUUGAAGAGACCAGUACCUUUGGACUUGAGUGACCUGGAAGCAUGAUGCUCAGCUCUUCGUGGACAGGCGGGUCCGGAAGCUGGCUUCCAUUACAACAAACUGAGUGCUGCUCUCUGGGAACACAUGCUCCUAUGUUUGGGGUCUGGCUGUGAGUUCUUUUGGAAGGAUUGGGGUGAGCUUGGUGCCCGUGGAACAACCUAAUUGUCUUUCAAUCAACAGUUCUUGACUGCCAAACCUUUCCUAUUUGUUCCCAUGUUCCAAGAUAAAAGAAGAACCUGCACAUGAUAAACUCCAUGGUGACUUUUAGAGAUUCCGGAGGAUCUUGAAACUCUCCCAUACACUUCAAGCCAAACUGGCAGCACCGACGACCCAAUCUCUAAAUUAGCGCAAGCGAAAGGAAAUCAUUAAAAUAUAUAUAUAUAUUUCCUGAAAGUACAUUUGUUUAAGCCCUAAGUUAUAGCAGAAUAUUUAUUUCUUGCUUAUGAGUGCCUGCAUGGUGUGCACUAUAGGUUCCAACCUUCACAGGACACGUGUGAAAAAUGAAACCAAGUCAGUAUGUGAUAAUUUUAAAGAUUUGCGGUAAGGUUGGUCUGUGACAAUGUAUAUGCAAGUGGUCUGUGUGUAAUUAUGGCUGAAGACAAACUUAUUCAAUGAAUUACUAAUGACAGAUUUUAUGCUUUAUAAUGCAUGAAAACAAUUUAAAAAUAUCUAGCAAUUAAUCACAGCAUAUCAGGAAAAUAUCCACAGUGAAUUCUGUUUAUUUUUUAUAGGUUCAUCAUAUUUCUGUUCUUUAAGAUGUAUAUAAGGACCUACCUACCAUAUUGUAUGUACCACCUCUCCAUCUUCAUGUUCCAUGCUUACUCGGGCAUCUUGCUAGUAUGUACCCUUUUAAGCACGCUCAAGGGAACUAAAGGGCCUUUUAUUUUUAUAAAAGUUAAAAAAAAAAAAUCCCCAAAAUAUUUUGCACUGAAUGUAGCAAAGUGGCGAAGGGACACUACAAUAUGACUAACAGCAGCUCCAUCAGUUGAUGACUACAAUAGAAGUAGCAUUUAAAUCAGACUUCCUUCACAGUUGCCAUGUCAACCACUGCAAGGACUGUGCAUCUAAGUAAUAAUUUUGUAAGACUCACUAUAUGUGAUAGUAUGAUAUGCAUUUAUUUAAAAUGCAUUAGACACUCUUCCAUCCAUCAACUACUUUACAGGAUGGCAUUUAUUACAGAUAUUUCGUAUUUCCCCCACGGCUUCUUAUUUGUACAACAUCAUUAAACACUGAGCUUGGUUAGGGAGCCAUCAGCAAUGCCAGAGAGAUCAGCUAGCUCUCUUUCAUCGUAAGAGUUCCACUUUCUCUCAUCAAUGAAGAUACCAUAAAUUGAAACUCUCAGUACUAUAUUUCUAAGCCUGCAUUUUCACUGAUGCAUAAUUUUCUUAUUACUAUCAAGAAAACAAUUUUGUAUGGUCUCUCAGAAACUGCAUGUCAUCACUGACGGGUCCUCCUACUUUGAUGGAAGGAUUUCCUUCAUUUUGAUUGCUUUGGGAACUGUUCCAUGCCGUUGUUUGUUCAUUGAUUUGUGACCAUGACUAAUCAGACACACAAGUGGAAUUGAGGAAUUGGGUAAAACAGUUACCUGAACACUUAGUUUGCCAGCCUGAGGGAUUACAGGCAUUACCUGAACAUUGCUUUGAGAAUCUUGUUUAUACUUAUCAUGGACUUCCUGUUGUGGGAUGUGGGUAACUUUACAUUUUAUACGGGUUACACGCACAGUCCUCAGAGGUGUUUUGAAAGAACAGUUACUCUCCUGUUACUGAAGCUGUGUUUACUGUUGGGACCCUCGAGAGGAAUGACACUCAUGUUGUGUUACUGUGUUAAAGAUAAGUCCUGGGUAUGGGAAAAUGUUCCAGGAGAAAACAAAUUACAGAAACCUGGAAAAGAUAUAUGGAAUAUUUAUUUGUAUACCAUAAUUGGGCCAGAAAAAAAAAGAAUGACUAAAAUUUUUGACUGGAAUUAUUAGUUUGUACUUAUUUGUCAUGAAUACAAGUAUAUAUUUAAUUUUUGCAAACUGCUUUUACUUGUUUGUAUUUUUUCAUCAUAAGAGAAACAGAGCACGCUAAUACAUUUUUAAAAUCACGUUUUGCUGCAUCAGAGCAUUCCCUAAGAGUUGUCAUAGGGGCUCAUUAAGAGAAAGCUGCUUUUCUUUCAAAAAUACAGUUAUAGGCACCUAUAAUGCUCCUUUGGUUUGAGACACUUGGCCACCAUAUGCCAUAUUACUAGGCAAAAGAGAUUUCAAAUAAAAUAUACCUUUUUAACUAUUUCUAAUAAACACUGUUUGCUGUUGAUGCUAAGGCAGCCAACUUCUCAAAUAACAGUUUUAAAUAUAUCCAGACACUCUUAAAAUGGUAGGACUUCGUCCUAGUUGGCACUGUUCUCAGAAUUGGGAAUUAUCAAAUUGUAGCUAGCAUGUUAGAAAACCAUGAUAAUCCAUUAUUCUUCAUUGGCAAAACAAAAAACAGACAAUAAUAUCUCCAUAAGAGUUAAAUAACACAUCCACAGAAUAAAUUAGAUGCUAUUGUACUCUACAGUUAUAAAUAUUCAUAAAUAUGCUUUUCUGGGCUUUGAGCCUUAAUACUUGGCUCUUUGGUUUUGUUUUAAGAGAUUUGUACACAAUGCUACUCACGAUAUAAAAGACAGUCUUGAUACACCAUGAAUGUAUCAUCUUUCAGAGUACAGGCACACUGUUGGCAUUUCUUCCAUGCCAGUCACUGCAUUUGAUGAUGGAGCUACAAGAUUCUGAAUUUGGCCUUCAGAAAGAUGCGCAUAGUCUACUAGAGGGGACAUCAAGAUUCCAAAAGCAUUUUAAAUAAAAGGUCUACAGUUAGUGAAGAGAGAAUAGCUUAUUCAUCCCAGAGGCUUGGUUACAGUCUCAUGUAUGUGAAACUGUGUAGCUAAAAGACAUCAUCACAUAUUUGCUAUUACUGCUGGUAACUACAUGUGUGUCAUAGAAUAUCAAUGCUGGUAAGUCUCGAGAUCCAAAAUGCAUUCAUACAAUGAGUGUUUAAAGUAUGUAGACAGGGACUGAGUUGUGAAGGAGCAACACAAGGAUCUUCAAAUUAUCAAAAAUGCCAAAAUGAAGUCUGGAGACCUCCUUCAGUCUCUGUACUACAACCUAUAUCCUAUUUUUAGUGUAAAAUAUCACAGUUCCUGAGCCCAAGCCACAUAUGGGAUCAGAACAUUCUUCUUGUGCACAGAGUGAAUGGAACUCGCAGUUUUCUAAUCUAUGUCGUAUUUAUAAUUUAAUGGCCAUUCUGUACUAAGUAAAUAUAGAAGCCACUAUUGAACUAGAGAGCGAAUGCAGUUUGCAAAAUGAAAGUGUGGCAGUUCCAGACAUUCUUAUUAAACUCUAGUCUUAAAAAGGGAUGAAGGCUGAUCUAUUCACCUUGAUGACAAUGGCCUGCAAAGGUAGGGACUGUGGGAACUGUGUGCUUAGCGACGAGGAGUUUCACAGUGCUUGAGGGGCAUUCUCUUUUGCUCGUCAGUGCUCCAUUGGGGAGAAAUAUCAAAUCCCCCCUAGGCUCAGGCUGAUUUCAUGACUAGCUGGUAAGAUGACUCAUGCUUUGUUGUCAAGAUCCUGUUUAGUCUCAAGAAUAAUGAAGACUAAUAUUUGUAUCAAUAUACUCAACUUUCCAAUGCUUUGGUUUCCCAAACUCUUACUUUCUUAAACACCCUCAGAAUGUGACAUUCCUGCAGAGGGCACUGAGAAAGGAGCUCAUUCAUGGAAAAGGCUUCUCGCAGAUGCAUUGUUUCCAUUCACUGCCUGUGGAAGAAUUUAAGACAAAUCUGAUUGUGAUGAGUGGAAUUGCACAGCACGGGAAUUUGGCCCCCUUGGGGAUUAUGUAGAAG